CACGAGCAAAAGUCGUCAUCACCUUUUUUCCUCCUUUGUUUCCUAUCUCUUCCUCUCCUUUGCACCCAUUCACAUCUCCAUGACCCUUGAUUUAGGGGUGUCACCUGACUAUUCAAAGCUGAUGGAGAAUGUCAAGAAGGCAAACUGAUCUUUUCUUCAAGUUUUGUAUGCCUAUCUCUUCUUCUCCUUACUCGCCCUUUUCCCUACACUCCACAGCCGCUAGCUUCCCGCACACCGUCUCCAAUACGAACGCGGGGCAGGUUGGAAGGAAGGGGGUCAUACCAGCUAAGAUUUUGAUGGUUGAUGAGAUUGCCUCGUGCCGUGCCUGCAUCGAAAGGAGUGUCACCAAUUGUCACUCGUCUGUGCUUGCUCCUGUUUCUGAGAGGAACGCGGCUAAGAGAUGGUUAGCCCAAGGAAACGGAGUAAAAGCGGGGCACAUGUAUAUAUACUCACUCAACUUUCAUCCCACGCACUCGGGUUGAUGUAAGCCAAAGAUGUCUGCCACGCCGGACACCCCACUUCCUCAGUUCCACCUCGAUCAUCCUUUUCUUCUCUAUCAUCCUGCUCCUUCUAUUGCGGGUAAUGCCUCUGUUUGUAGUAUCUCGACCAACAGCGCCAUACAGUAUCAGGUGCCCAGUCCAUGUCGAAGCAGCAGUUCUCAACUCGGUGUCAGCCCUGCGCCGUCGUGGGACCCAGCGGAGACUAGGCAAAGCUGGGGUGGCUACGAAUGGUGUGGUCAGGAAGGCACCUAUGCUUCCGGUUCGAGGCCCGUGAAUCAAUACUAUAAUCAGACAACCACAAUCAAUACUUACAGUUUCCAGCCGCCGCGUACAAAUUCUUAUGCACAUUCUCAACCGGCCAAGUUUUACAGCAUCAAUCAAACUCCAUCUUUCCCACAAUCUUACAUUCCAACGCCAAACAACAGCUCGCCACCUCUCCUCCCUCAUCAACAUACUCAUCCACCCACUCUCCCUCCUCGCGAGGAUAGUGCACAUUUACCCCUCUAUCACUCUUUUGAAACCUUUGAUCUUCGUCCUUCUCUCCAGUUUCUGGCAUCAAAAACUCCUCCACCUGAGAAGCCAUUGCCGCCUCCUCCUACGCUUGUGAACUCCAUUCCUAUACAUCAGAGACCGAUACCCCCAAGGACGAUGAGUGACAGUGAGAUCGCGAAGACAGACGGUGCCGGGCCCGCUGCAUUCGCGUGUCUUUCGAUGGACUUUGGUUUGACUUCUGGUAUGUCGGAUCCUGGGACUAAAUCUUCGGCAGUAUCACCACCUACAACAUGUUUUGCACCAGGUCAAAACCCCUGGGGAGGUAAUUCAGCAGUGAGGGAUCCCAUCGCUCAAGGUCGCAAUCAAGGUCAACACGGUAUAGGAGGAGUAAGUGUCAACGGCUUUGAAGUGAUUUUCAAUGACCCUUUUCACUCUCCGGACACGAUGGUACCCCCAUCCGUAAGCCUUCCUUGUUUAUCCCCCACGACACCGAUCAAGUUCCGAUUCGCCAAACAUCGGCAAGUCGAACUCCAGCUCCAACCUCAACCCCAUCUUCAUCGUGAUACUCAGUUGCAACAUCAAGCGUCACCCAUUCCUGUCUCUUCCCGUCCCAUAACCCAGCCGGCAAAUCGUACGAGAUCUUCUAGGCCGCUUUUCCGGACGAGAUCUCAUUCGUACCCUAAUCAGUUAGGUAGCCUUCCUCUUACAUCAACUGAGCCGAUGAGUCACAUUCCCGUUUACACUGAUAUGGUAAACGAGAGAGGAAAGAGAACAAAUGAGAAUGGGUUCACUACAUCUGGUUUCGACAGCUCGUUCCACUCAUCAAGUGCUACCACAGCCAGACCAACGCCGGGAACUCUGCAUUUUUCGGCCACUGUCCCUGGCGAUUUCGAUAUGAAUGAGCAGUUAAAUGAAUCCAAGCUUCAGUCGAAAUGUCAUUUUGAUCAGUCAGACCAUCUCCCUCUGAUGACAACGGAGCCAAUGAGCCUGGUGCCAAUUGCAGAUAAUUUACCAUCACGCGCAGUUCGUACAUCAACGGGGUUGAGGAGAAGGAGGCCAUCCGAUGGACGGUCAACAAAAGUGAAUGAAGGACGGGCGAAGAAGCGCGUGAGAACGACGUUAAGCGGAUUAAAACACUUCAAAAGGUUUACUUGCUCCGAGUGCUGCGAAGGGUUCACAAGGAAGAAUGACAUGGAUCGCCAUAUGCAAUGCAAGCAUUCCGACAAGUUACCCUUUGUUUGCCCUGCUUGUAGCAAAGCAUUUGGGCGUAAGGACAAAUUGGAUCUGCAUAUCGAAAGAAGCGAAGAUUGUAAGCGUAGUGCACCUCCCAAAGAACAACGCUUAGUACGCCAUCGUGGGUCGCCAAAAAGCCACAUGAGAACGGCGGAGCCUUGUCGCAUUGAAUAAUCGCCGCCUUAUCAAACAAUGGGCUUCACUUUCACGAUUUGACGAGGUUUGGUGCGUUGUAUGGGGCGGACGUUCGAUUUCUCUAUUACUGUAUCUGCCGGGUUUCCGUGUUUUUCUUCAUUCGGUUUUGGGUUUGAUCACUUUUUAUAUCCCCUAUUAUGUGCCCUGCUGUAUAGUAGGCUGUGACUCUCUAUUUCCCACUGUGUAUCGUGCGUAUUACGAGUUGGUUUUAGGUCCAUAGCCAGCCGCCGUAGUGGCAUUUGUCCUUUGAGCAUGCAACACCAUCAUCUG